UUGGAAAGUCGGAAGGGUCACGCGGUUGGGCGCGCCUCGGAGCCAACGAGAGUGCGCGACAGGGGCGACGGCGCGGGCUCGGAUAGGCCGAGCGCGGGCCAAUGGGCGUCGGAGGCACCGCGCCGCACCGCGCCGCACCGCGCCGGUCCACCCCCUCUCGGCCGCCACGGUCCUGGCCCGUGCUCGGGCGCUCGCCUCCGCUCACUCCAGCUCACUCGUCACAUGACCGCGGGCACCGCACGGCAGGCUCGGCGCUACCUCUCCCACUUGACAGGGCUCGCUAGUUUAGUGAAGUGAGUGCUCCAGCCGAGGGUCGCCCCUGGUCGCGCGACGACCGACGCCGACGGACCGAGAGAGCUCGCAGUCGCUGCCAUCCCCGAGCCGCCCGCUCGUCUCCCGCCCCGCGCUGUAACAGCCGCUGUAAAUAGCCGCGAGCCAGCAGCCCUCGACCCACCUCGAGCCGCCAGCCGCGAGAUGCCUUCCACGCUGUCGGAGGAAAACCCCGUCUACGGACCGUUCUUCGGCGUCAUGGGCGCCGCCUCGGCCAUCAUAUUCUCCGCGCUGGGCGCGGCCUACGGCACCGCCAAGUCCGGCACCGGCAUCGCCGCCAUGUCGGUCAUGAGGCCGGAGCUCAUCAUGAAGUCGAUCAUCCCCGUCGUGAUGGCGGGCAUCAUCGCCAUCUACGGCCUGGUGGUGGCCGUCCUCAUCGCGGGCGCCCUCGAGGAGCCGUCCAAGUACAGCCUGUUCAAGGGCUUCAUCCACCUCGGAGCCGGCUUGGCGGUCGGAUUCUCCGGACUGGCGGCGGGCUUCGCCAUCGGCAUCGUCGGGGAUGCCGGCGUCCGGGGAACUGCCCAGCAGCCACGCCUCUUCGUCGGCAUGAUCCUCAUCCUGAUCUUCGCCGAGGUGCUCGGCCUCUACGGGCUCAUCGUGGCCAUCUACCUUUACACGAAGUAAAGCCCCGGCCGCGCCCCGCGACCCUCGCCGCAGGGACGCCCGGGAGGAUGCCCAGGAGCGGACGACGCCGAGACGCUCCCCCGACCAUCCGCGAGACGGACGUCCGGGAUUCGGCGGUCACCGGGUAGAGGAAGCCGCGGGAGCGGACGCGUCGUCCUCGACGGACUCCGGGCCGGCCUCCGCGAGGAGAGAGACGCGGUGCCACCGAUCUAUAUACACCAUAAUAGCGCGUAACGAUCGCAGAAGGCGAGAGAGAGAGAAUCGGAGAACGAGAGAUUUAGCGAUGUGUACGAAUAUAUAUCAAAGUAUAUAUAUAUAUAUAUAUGUAAACAUAAGGGGACCGCGUCGCGAUCUUCCGGGGAGAAGCGGGUCUCGCGCUUCUCCGCGGGAGGAAAGAGGCGAGACGGCCGGCCGGGUUUUGGCAUUCGUUGCGAGUCGUCGGUUCGAGGUGGACCGCGAGGUUGCCGCCGACAAGUCCUUUUUUUUUUCCACUUUCUUUCGGAGAACACGGUGACGGGCCUACACCGGCUUCUUCGAGAUGGACGCUCUCUCUCUCUCCGGUGGUUGGAGGGGCUUUCUGCAUUUUUCGCGGGCGGGAAUGGCGGGGCGAAGGGGAGGACACCCUCGCGGAAUGAUUUCCGGGAAAUUGCGACGACGACGACGACGACGACGACGAAGACGACGAAGACAACGACGAUGACGACGAUGACGACGAUGACAAGGUGAACACAAUAUAUAUACAUGCACAUGUAUAUAUAUAUAUAUAUAGAAUUUGUACAUUCCAUACAACGUUCGUCUCGGCACCGAGCGAGCAGGAGCGCCUCUCUCGGCCGGACGACGAACGAGAGAGCCACCCGAACGAACGGGCAGUCUCGCUUUUCUUUUCGCGCCCUAGUAGGCGGGAAACGAAGAUCGGGGCAAAACGGCGCCAACGAUAAUCAUUUUGCCGGGAGUUCGACUCGUCCCGAAGAACCGCCGACCGACCGAUCGCCCGUGGGAGCUGGUGGUCGGUCCCGUCCGGCCUCGCUCGGCCGUUUUACCCCGAUCGGAAUCCGAAGACGCGAGGACUCGAGCUUCUCUCCUUCUUUCUCUCUGCCUCUCCGUUCGUCCGUCCGUCCGUCUGCCGAGCGAGGGCGCGCCACCCGAGAGGAGAUCGAUCGGGAUACUUCCAUCGUGUCCGAUAAAGUUGCGCAAAGGAAACGAUUCCUAUCGUUCCUCGAUCCCGGUCCCGAUCCCCCCUCGAGGGGGGCUCCGGUCGAACGGCUUGGCCCGAACCACGCACCGACAAACCGAAUCGCUUGGCACGCCAGAGAAGACGCGACUCCGGACCAGAUUCUAAGCUAGCCGUUAUCGAGUACGAUAAUCUCGCGCGGGUAAUACGGAAGAGUGAGAAAGGUGCGAGCGCGCUAGAGGACGGGCGGGAGGGAGGGAGGGAGGGAGGGAGGGAGGGAGGAAGGAAAGAAGGUAAGAAAGAAGAAAGCACACCGGUUGGCAGAUCUUCCUGGGCCUCGACACACCACACCCACCAACCCCUCCCCUCCGCGACUCUUCCAGUGUUACCAGUAGGAUUCGUUGUUGAGCGCUGAAAGUGAUAACGGUCGAUAAUUAUUUAUGUAACGAUUCGUCCUCGAUGUUACGGAGAAGAACCACAACACAGUGUUUAAUAAAAAUUUAAUUUGGA